CAAAGAAUACACACAUUAUUUGUCUGAGUCAAAAUUUAAGUGAGCUAUUGUGGCCCAAUGGCUUUCUUCCUCAUCCGGCUGGCCAUGGUGGCCGGUGCGGUCUAUGGGACCAUGGAGCUGGGAAUUUGGGAAAGUUCCCGGCACACGCAGGAGCUCUUCGAGGGGGCCAAACGGGAGGUGAGCCCCUUCACCAAGGACCUGAUGAACAGCUUCUGCUGCUGGCGCUGCGAGAAGUGCGACCAGGAUGUGGAGGUCAAGCCCUGGCGGGAGUCCAUGGUGGAUGCUUGGAACGAGUCGGUGAAGAAGACAUUCAACACCCUGGGCGUUCAUGUGCCCAAAUACUUCAACCGCUUCUCGCAGGAUGUGCAGCAGGGCUUCGACGACCUGGUGAACAACAGUGGAGAAUGUGUAUUACGCUUUCUGCUACUGACGCGCGAAUUUUGGUGUUCUUUUCUUAAAGUAUCCCGAACAACUAAACUAAGGUACGAAGAUCGCUCGCGUUUCGGUUUUUGUAGAGCGGUCUGCAAAGAAUAACGACACGACCAAAGCAGCAAAUAACUCAUGCGGUUGGUUAGUACACUGAACCAAAAUUAUUUUAUGGUUCCAUAUUGUCAUCUUAAUUUUAAAGUAGAAGUCAUUACAAUCAUUGUUUUUAAAGAGACAUUCAACACUGACCUACUGAUAAUAAAACAAAAUAUAAGCCAAUAAAAUGUAUUCAAAACUA